AUGAAGCUGCUAGCUCAACUUCCCGCUCUCCUUGCGGGCAGCUUGAGCACGUCUGUUGCCGCAAGCUUCAUUUCGGACGCCGACCAGCAGAGACCACUCGGCACCUCCUCCCAAGCCGCCCUCGGUACCACUGCCGACCAUGUGUCCGCACCACACUAUCGCGAGUCCCUCCUGGCGCUGCACAGGUCCCUCGUCGAGAUCCCCUCGGUGACGUACGCCGAGAACGAGGUGGGAUCGUUCCUCGUGAACUACCUGACCGACCUGGGCCUGCACGCACAGCUCCAGUUCCUGCCACCGAGCGCCUCGUCCGCCGCAGGACCCGACGACAAGCCCCGCUUCAACGUCCUCGCCUGGCCCGGCAAGAGCCGGACCCCGAAUCCGCGCGUGCUGGUCAGCAGCCACAUCGACACGGUGCCACCCUUCAUUCCCUACGGCACCUCGCACCUGGGGAAGGAUGGCGAGGUGAACGGAGACACGGUGAUCAGCGGGCGCGGCAGCGUGGACGCCAAGGCGGCGGUUGCAGCGCAGAUCACGGCGCUGUUGGAUCUCAUGCAAUCCAAGGAGGAGGACUUCGACCCGGCCAAGGUCAUGCUCGUGUUUGUGGUAGACGAAGAGAACAAGGGCGAGGGCAUGCGGUACUUUAGCGACUCUCUCGCCCACCUGGACCCUGCGCCCGCGUUCACGGCGGGCAUCUUCGGCGAGCCCACCGAGGGCAAGCUGGCGUGCGGCCACAAGGGCUUCCUCGGCUGCACCGUCCGCGCGACGGGCCACGCCGGCCACAGCGGGUACCCGUGGCUGGGCAAGAGUGCGACCGAGGUGCUGAUGCGCGGGCUCGUCCGUGUUCUGGACACAGACCUGGGCAGCACCGAACGACUCGGCAACACGACGGUCAACGUCGGCCGCAUCGAUGGUGGUGUCGCUCUCAAUGUCAUCCCCGAGAAGGCCGAGGCCCGUAUGGCCGUGCGCAUCGCCAUUGGGCCCCAGGAGACCGGGGCCCAGGUCGUCGAGGGCCGGAUCCGCGACGUGCUCAAGAGCGUAGACGCCGAAGAGGGCACGUGGGAUAUGGAGUGCAGCAACGGGUACGGGGCUAUCGACUGUAACUGCGAGGUGGAUGGCUUCGAAAAGAUAACCGUCAACUACGGGACAGAUGUUGCCAACCUCAAGGGGAACCACACCCGGUAUCUGUACGGGCCGGGAACCAUCUUCGUGGCCCACGGACCGGACGAGGCGCUCAAGGUCAAGGAGCUCGAGGUGGCUGUCGAGGGCUACAAGAAGCUCAUACUGCACGCGUUGAAGAGUUGA